AUGGCAAAUAGUAUUGUGUGUCGUUUGGAAACGAGUAUCCAAAGCAAAACGAGAGUUUCACAUUUAAAUAAUUUAUUCAUAAGCCAUCAGUUGGAAACGAGGAAAGCGAGAAAGCUUCUGCUUUGCAUCGCUUCAACUCAAAAUGAAACAUCCUCCUCGCUUAAUGUGGACAUCUGUGACAUUAUAACAUGCGUGUGCAAUCCGGUUAAUCCCCAGCAAAAUUCCCAUUGCUUCAGGCCCAACGGGAACAGUGAACAUUCCUCAGAUAUUGGUCCAAAUAUGGAUAAUAGUAGUGAAGAGUUGCUUAGGAUUACCACACAGCAAGGCCAGCUUAUUGCUUCCCCACAUAAUAAAAUGGCUGUGCAGAGUUAA